UGAGGUCCUGUACCCCAUUUACAGUUUAUACUUCAAUGUAUCAGGUGGAGUUAUUCACCAGCUAUAGAGUGAGUUGUUGUUUAUGUUUCUAAGACUGCAGGGUGGGAGAUGCAACAAUGGGCUUGAGAACAGCAGGAAGUGUGUUGGUGGUCUUUCUCUGGUCUGUAGCAGUGGCACUGGGUCAGGAUGGCUGGAGUGUGACUUACCCCACUCAGAGUAUCUGUACCUUCAAGGAGUCAACAGUAGAGCUGUCCUGCUCUUACACAUAUCCCAGUGGUACAGUCACAACAGCCUUCUGGUACACUGAAUCGGGGACUGGUAAAGAACCUGAAGAUCUAGGUCAGGACCCAGAGUAUGCAGGUCGUCUGGAGUAUCAUGGGGAUAAGAAGAAUGGUCACACACUGAGGAUCACAGACUUGAGAGAGAGUGACUCUGCUGAGUACAAGUUCAGAUUUAUAACAGAUCAGACUGGAGGGAAAUAUAUUGGCAGUCCUGGAGUCACUCUGUCUGUUACAGGUCUUCAGGUGAAGGUGACUGGUGGACAUCAGGAUAAGACACUGACCUGUAGCACCACCUGUACUCUGACUGACAACCCCACCUACAUCUGGUACAAGAACGGACACAAAGUAAAGGAGGACACUUCUAGCUCGCACACAGACUCCUUUAGUAAUGCAGACAGUUACUCCUGUGCUGUAAAAGGCCACGAGGAUCUCCCUGCUCCAGCAGUGUGUAAGAAGUGUUGGAGUGUGACUUACACCCAUCAGAAGAUCUGUGCUUUGAAGGGGUCAACAGUGAACAUAUCCUGCUCUUACACAUAUCCCAAUGUUGUGUUGGAGAUGGAUCCUACAUCUGUGUCAGAGAGGGAGAAUGUGACACUGACAUGUAGAACCAACUGUACACUGGACCCCAUCACAGUCUACAGUUGGUUUAAGAAUGGACAGCCUAUACCAAACAGCAACACCUCCUCUCCUAUCUAUAUCCUAUUCUCAGUCAGCAGUGAGGAUACAGGCAGAUUCUCCUGUGCUGUAGAAGGACAUGAGGAUCUCCCCUCUGCUGAAGAGACUCUCACUGUCAGAUAUGGCCCAAAGGACACCUCAGUGUCAGUCAGUCCCUCUGGUGAAAUAGUGGAGGGCAGUUCAGUGAAUCUGACCUGCAGCAGUGAUGCCAACCCACCUGUGGAAAACUACACCUGGUACAAGAGGAAUGUAACCUCACCAAAAGCAUCAGGACAGAGUUACACCAUCCAUAACGUCAGCUCUGAGGACAGAGAGGGAUACUACUGUGAGGCUCUGAACAUUAUAGGGAGAGAGACUAUCCCUGUCCAUAUUAAUGUUAUAUCAGUGUUUUCCUGGGUUCCUGUGGUGUGGGUGGGGGCUGUCCUGACUGCUGGAGCCCUUCUUGUCACCAUCUACUGCUAUAUGAAGAGGAGAUCCACAGGAGGAAGUGAUGCCACAGCAGACACACUGAUUCAGGGACUCCCCUGUGACACAGCCCCUCAGAUAGAUGGUGAGCCCUCUGAUUAUGAGAACUGGAGCGAACAACCAAAGAACCUGGAAAGUGACACAGACCCUCAGAUAGAUGCUGAGCCCUGCGAUUAUGAGAACUGGAGCGAACCACCAAAGAUCCUGGAAAGUGACACAGACCCUCAGAUAGAUGCUGAGCCCUCCGAUUAUGAGAACUGGAGCGAACCACCGCAGAACCUGGACUGAAGAGAACCACCACAGAACCUGGAUUGAAGAGAACCACCACAGUACCUGGACUGAAGAGAACCACCACAGAACCUGACUGAAGAGU